GGGGCUGUACCUGCGAGGCUGAGGUUGAUAGCCCCAGAUUCAGAACAUGUCCUGCCCAAAUCAGCAGCAGCUUGUUCUUGGACACAUGCAAGCUUCAGUCUAUCCAUCUCACCUGAACGGAGACAAGUGAAGUGGAGGGAAGCCAGCUGGAAUAGUGCCCAGAGGCUCCUGAAGAGAUGAAGGAACCGGGACUCUGAGAGGUGGCAUGUCUUUCCCAAGAACACAGGCCCUCCCCACACCCAACUGGUUGGAAAUAGUGAGACACAAAGGACUUUCUCAGAUCCAUGAUCACAAGAAUAUGUUACCUUUGGGAGCUCCAGCAAAAAGGAAAGGAGUUAGAGCAAAAGAUGUGAAGGACCUCAUACCCCUGAUGAUACUCAUGGUGAUAAUUUUCCUGCUGCUUCUGUUCUGGGAACAUGAGUUGAAUGGGGAUGCAGUGGCAGUAACCUUAGAGCACUUGCACGUGGACUACCCUCAGAGUGACGUUCCUAUAAGGUACUGCAACCACAUGAUCAUACAACGAGUCAUCAAGGAACCCAACAACUCCUGCAAAAAGGAGCAUAUCUUCAUCCAUGAGAGGCCUCGAUAUAUCAAUAGUGUUUGCAAUUCUCUCAAGAGGGUGGCUUGCCAAAACCAUUCUGCCCUUCUAUGCUUCCAGAGUGAGACCAAGUUCAAAAUGACAGUCUGUAAGCUCACCGAAGGGACCAGAUAUCCUGCCUGCGGGUACCACAUUUCCCCCACAGAGGGGUUUAUUGUUGUCACUUGUGAUGACAUCGGGCCAGUUAAUAUCCAGAGGUAUCUUGAAUAAGUUGAGACCAGCACCCGAGUUUGCCAUCCUCUCUUCUCCUCUCUCAGAGGUACAGAUGCUGGUUCUCCCUGAGGUGCAACUGAAUUGUGGACAGGGGUCAUGCCUUGAGUGAAAUGGUAAUGUGUCUAUCUUUCCAGGAUUGCUGAGCUGGAAUCUUUUUAUUCUGCUUCAAUUAAAAAAAAACUGAUGAAUUAAACCAUA